AUGGGCGAACGGCUGCCGUUCGACUUGGCCCGAUGGCUGGCGUCGCUGUUGCUGGUGGCGGGGCUGAGGGCCCCGGCGGAGUGCGCGGACGCUGCCGGCGACGAAUUCAGGACUCCUAUGAUCGUGGUGGUCAAGGAUGCCGAGAAUCUUCGACAGCUGCGGGAGAUGUGUCAGCUGGGCACGCCCGGCGAGGCUGCGGGCCCGGGGUUCUACGAAGGCGUUACGGAGCAGUGCCUGCUCGCGGACGGUCAGUGCAAGCGAGUUUUCACAACAUCUUUAAAAGGUGUUUCUGGCAACUUCUCAGAUUCGGAUCUGGAUAUAAUUAACACAUGCAUGCACGGAGGAGUGAAGUACAUAGAAGCCGACAGGGAGGUGACCAGAAGAAAGGAUGAGGAGUUCCCAGACAACAAAAGGCCAAAACCGAGCAUUGAACAUCUAAUGCAAACGAAGAAUCACGCAUUGCGAGAAGCUGUUGCAAAUAACAGGAGAAGGAUUCUCAGAGAGUCCAAGAGCUUUCUAGGACAAGAGGUGGACGAGGAGGCGCUCCUGGACCAAGACAGCCGCUGGGGCGAAAAGACCCAAUACUUGCACCCUGCUCUCUGGAACUUGGAUCGCGUGGACCAGAGGGAACUGCCUCUGAAUGGAGAAUAUCGAUACGGCUACGACAAAAUUGUGGGAACAGGCCACGGGGUGUCGGUGUUCAUCCUGGAUUCGGGUGUUCGCGCAUCGCAUGAUGAGUUCCAGCCUUGGGGGUCAGGCGAAUCCAGGGCACAGUACGGGUGGGACUUUGUCGAUGACGACAGCGAAGCAGAGGAUUGCGAAGGGCAUGGCACACACGUCGCAUCCACGGCCAUCGGCCGGAAUGUGGGAAUUGCCAAGAGUGCAACGGUGGUCGCCAUACGCGUGUUGAACUGUAAAAGUACCACGAGCAUAAGCACAACCAUUGCAGGUCUCGAAUGGGUGGCGACCUACGGCAAGAGGCCUGGCGUUGUUGGACUGUCUCUUGGAGUGGAGAUUGAGAAGCUGGGGAAAUGGUCUCAAGCUCUAGAGGACACCGUGGUGUCCUUGGUGGAUGACCACGGCUUUGUUGUGGUCGUGGCUGCUGGAAACUACGCCAUAGACAGCUGCUACGUGGCACCAGCGAAUCUGCCUCAGACCAUCACGGUUGCCGGGCACAACCUUGAGAACAAGUUCGACAACACCUCCAGAGGGGAGCUCGAGGGCAUAUACCCGUGGACCGACACGGGGUCAUGUGUUGACAUUUUCGCCCCAUCCGUCGAUAUUCUGGGAGCCUGCGGAGGCGCAGGUCGUUGCAAGAAUUUGACGGACAGCGCAUACACGUGGAACGAGGGCACGUCCAUGGCAGUACCUCAUGUAGCGGGGGUGGCGGCCAUGUAUCUCGGAGAGUACCCGGAUGCCUCGCCCGCCGAGGUAAAAGAAGCGAUCAUAUCCCAUGCCACCGUGGAAAAGAUAGACAAGGAUCUCAUGAGACCAGGAACCCCAAAUCGCUUGCUGUACUCUCAAAUAUUCGAGCAGGCAAGUGCCCAACCUUGA